UCCCGCUGGGCGGCGUCCCUCUGCUCCGCCAUACCCGCCGAGGAGCGCAGAGACACGGACGCACCUGGACCCACCUGCAGUAAAGACUACGACAUGGCUGAGGAUGAGGUGACUCCAGAGCAGCUAACAGCCAUUGCAGCUGAAAACGAAGAGCCAGAGCCGGUGAACUACAAGCCACCAGCCCAAAAGUCAAUGAAAGAGAUCCAGGAGCUGGACAAGGAUGAUGAGAGCCUACGCAAAUAUAAGGAAGCUCUGCUUGGCGCUGGGCCUGCUGAGGCUGUCUUAGAUCCCAAUGCUCCCAAUGUCCAAGUGACCCGGAUGACGCUGCUCUGUGAUAGCGCCCCAAACCCCCUGGUGCUGGACCUGCAAGGAGACCUGGAAGCCUUUAAGAAGCAGGGGUUUGUUCUGAAGGAGGGCGUCGAAUACAAAAUACAGAUCAACUUUAAGGUGAACAAGGACAUUGUUUCGGGACUGAAGUAUGUGCAGCAAACAUUCAGGAAAGGAAUUAGGAUUGAUAAAUCAGACUACAUGGUGGGGAGCUAUGGACCUCGUCCCAAUGAGUAUGAAUUCCUGACUACAAUGGAGGAGGCUCCUAAAGGCAUGCUGGCCCGUGGCAACUACGAGAUCAAAUCCAAGUUUACCGACGACGACAAGCACGACCACCUGUCCUGGGAGUGGAACCUCAAUAUCAAGAAAGACUGGAAAGACUAAAAGAGGCCUUUUGUGUUCGGGGGCCAGGCGAUCAAAAAUCCCCCAGUCCUGUGCGUUCCUCAGCCGCUCCCCCAUCCCCAUCCUGUAUCCGCCAUUUCUGCCUUCUUUGUUUUUACUUUGUUGUGCAUUUCACAUCUUAGUUACUGCCGCGCUGUCUUAACACCCCGCAAUCCUUCCAACCUCUGUCAGCAUCCGUAGCAGCAUCCGUAGCAGCAGUCAGCCCGCCACAUCCGUCCACCCAACACCUCCCUAUUUGCCUGACGUUUCAUUGCUUGCACACAAGCCACUUCUGUUCCCCCACCUGCCCUCCUCACUCACUCUAGCCUCCCACUGAGCUGUUCAAUGUAGCACCUUAUUUCCUCACACCCAGCCCGGUUUUCCUUUUUUAUUCUGGAUUUUUGCUGCUUGAAGAGAUUAACCCCGCCUUCCAUCUCUCCAGAAUGGUGUCUUCCUUUCUCACUAUGAAGUAUGUGGAAAAGCAACUGUACAAUCGGCUUUUGUUUGCCUUUUUUAUAUAAUUGUAUCAAUGGUUGUGUAAUGUGACUAAUCAUAUCACUGUUAUCAGCUGUUGUGUCCAUAGCAGAACCCACCCACCCCCACCCACAACAACACCAACACCAACCCUCCCUGCAGCUUUCAUUUGUUUGCUGUCUUUUGAUAUAAUUACCAAUACCUGCCUUGUAAAACAAUUCAUUCAGAGCUGCUCUACAGCAUCUCUCACCAGUCCCUAAAUGUAUUCACCCACUCCCCUUAACAUGGGGACUGGGGCCAAAGUGAAUAAGGAAGUAAAAAAGGUUUAAAAAAAAAAAAAAAAAAAAGCUGCCUUAUGUAUGGACUAAUGUCUAAACCUAUUAAUGUCUGUUAAGCAUGCCUUGUGAGUAUAGGCGUUGCUUGCUGUCAGGUAGUCUGUAUAUCAAGGGCUUACUAUUGCUACCAACCAAUAACCACCAGUAGCCCUGUUGUAGUGGAGAAUGUGUAUACAUAUACUCAGAUACAGGCUCUGCAAAAUACACUUACCUUGUGAUUCGAGGGGACUGAAUGUUAAAGAAUAGGAGUAAUGGUACAGAACCCGGUAAAAAUCAGUAUUGAUGAAUCUUGGCACUCUUGUUCCUCUUAGCCUUGAGGCCUUAGCACUAACUAUAAUUAUGUGGAGAAAAACAAACCUUUCUAAUUGAGCAUUAUUUUUUAGUUGUUCCCCUUUGCCUUAAUGUACAUCAUUCCCCAGACAAAGCCCCCCCCCCCCACCCACCCACCCUCUUGCUCGUUCAGAUUGCUUCAUAAUUUGUAGCCGCAGUAAGGAGAUCCCAGGUGUUGAGGAGUAGUACCAGAGAAAGCACAGGAGGAGGCUGAGCCAGGCACCGUCUGCUGCUGGAGACCUCGGCGGUGUCUGACCUCGUCCACAGACCGACGCUGGUAGUGAGGAGAGAAAACUGACCACCCUUUAUACCAAGUGACCCUCUCAGAAAGAAAGCAUGUAAACCAAGUGUCAGGUAACACUACCAGAGAAACAUUUAAUGAGAGAGGAGCAGGGUUUUUAAACGCAACUGACCAGAAAUAUUUCAUUGACAUCAACUCAUACUGUACCAGAACAUAUGGAUGUAAACUUUUUUGUUUUGUUUCUUUGGAUAUUGAUAACUAUGUAUUCCUGAUCCAUACAUUCCUUCACAUUGUACAGUUUCUAUGAAAACGCUGGCAUGCUGGUGGGGUUGUAUAUUCUGUCAUUCGUGAUUGCUCUUCUUGGCCAAUAAAAAUUUUGCUCAACUUGGCCUCCAACACAGUUUUUUUGCAAACAGUAGAACUGCUUUUACUCAUAUUUUACUGCGUGUUAUUGUGCUAAUGAAGUUCAGUUAACUCAUCUUGAGGAGUACUACUCUGCCUGUGAAAACAUCUAGAUAUGGUUUCUGUUACUCUAGAGGAGUCAAGUUUAAGAAAAUGACCUUGAUGAUGUCAUCAGGGUUGUCUCAGCUUGUUGUUU